CUUCCAACGCUGUGUAUUUACAAGCAGGAGUAAUGAAACGGGGAGAGGGGCAAUUUCCGCAGCUUAUUAGAGAGACUGCAGAAGACUAGCGCACAAAGAGGAAGGAUGCAAAGUUUCGGACCAUCGAUAGUCUGUCUUCACGCGCGUCCGCAGCCGUGAGUGUGUGUCCUGCUCUGUGUGUGUUUUUGGGGGUUUUUUUUGUCCAGCAGCUGAACGUCUUUUACUUUGUCGCAGUUGGCUAGAAGUGAUUUACAGGGUAAUGCUGGAAAGGAGGACACAUAUUUUCGGGAAUUCGCGUCUUUAACUGCGUCCUCCUCCACAAGUUCGCCUCGGACAGGGAGCACAGAGUUCAGUCCGGUCCGCAUCACAAAGCCCCAGUCCUCUUCUCUCCACAGAAGCCAGGUGAAGCAGAACCAACCUGUGGAGUUACCGCAUUAAGCCAAGGUUCUGUGUCUCGCAAUCCUAUGCUCUCUGAUGUCGGAACGUUGCUUCACUUAAAAUAAAGGAUCGUGUUAUUCGAUGGUCUCCGCUUUGUUUAACUGUGUCGUAGCACCACACAGACCAGACUGCAAAGAUCUACAUAUAGACUGGAAAAAGAAACAUGAAGGAGCCAGAGGCGUUUCAACUGCACCACUGGAGCCUUUAAUAAUAAUGCCGCGGCCAAUGCACCACAACCGGCCCCCUCGCUUCUGACCCAACAUGGAGCUCAAGGUCUGGGUAGAUGGAGUCCAGAGGGUCGUCUGUGGGGUCACUGAGGCAACGACGUGCCAGGAAGUGGUGAUUGCUCUGGCCCAGGCCAUAGGUCGCACCGGGAGAUACACUUUGGUAGAAAAAUGGCGGGACACCGAGCGUCACCUUGCCCCUCAUGAGAGCCCGGUGGCUUCUCUGAACACUUGGGGCCAAUAUGCUGGUGAUGUCCAGCUGAUCCUGCAUCGCACUGGCCCCUCCCUCACUGAAAGACCACCAUCCGAAGGACCCACGCUCAGGGGUCCUGAACGCGGUCUGCAUCGACAGAGCCUGCCUCCCCUCGCAAAGCUCCGCCAUCCCAACGAUCGCUCCCUCCGACGCCGCGAGCCGCGCCGCAAGUCUCUCACGUUCACCGGUGCACCCAGGGGCCUGAGGGAUAUCCUGAGUGGGGGCCGGAUUGGAGAGGCUGAGGCCAAGCGUAGACUUUUUCUUGGAAACGGUGGGACUCACCACCAUGGAGGACCAGCCAUGGGGAGUGCAUCUCCUGGCCUGUGGGCCUGUCGCAUGGAGGAUCUGGUCAGACUAGUGGGUCUACAGAGAGAGACUCUCAACAUGCUGGAGAGGAAACUCGGGGCGUAUGAGGGCGAGCUGCAGGUCCGGGCCGAGGGCAGAGGGGGACAGGGGGCAGUGUGCACUGAGGAUUCAUGUGUUGGAGGGCUGAUAGAGGAGAUCCUGAGGCUGGAGAAGCACCUGAGGAAGAAUGAGGUGGAGAUGGAGGAGGAGGAGUUUUGGGCCACUGAGCUGCAGAUCGAACUAGAGAGUGAGCGACAGUUGGAGGAGAGACUACAGGAGCUACAGGGACGCCUGCAGGGCUGUGAAGUGGAGAUUGAAGAAAAGCUGGCAAUGGUACAGGGUGUGGAGGCAGGCCUGGAAGAGGAGAGGCUGCAGAGGGAGCGGCAGGAGACCCAGUGGGUCAGUGAGGCAGAGGCUCGGGCUCAGGUCCUCAAGGUUAAAUCAGAGCUGAAAUCCCAGGAGAGACAGGCUGUUCAGCUGGAGACCAGCUGCAGAGCUGUGGACCGAUCACUCGGACAAAGCACCAAAAAACUGCAGGACAUGCAACAUGAGCUGGAGCAGCUGACCAAGGAGCUGAGGCAAGUGAACCUGCAGCAGUUCAUCAAGCAGACGGGCACCAAAGUCACAGUUCUGCCAGCUGAGCCCUCUGAGGAUGAAAGCAGCCACAGCAGUCAUGUUCCACUCACUGGCUCACUGAAGCGGCCCGUGUCGUCCCACACGAUGUCUGGUCACCUGCGGGUCCUGCACAGCCCUCUCACUUCUGGACUGAAUCCAGAGGGCAUCUAUGUGUGAGAGCAUCCAGAGUGGAAGGAAGGAAGGAAGGAACACGUCAUGUCUCCUUUCCCAGCACUCAAAUCACUCCCCAACCCUCUUAUGUGUGGAAACCAUAGUACAGGAUACCUCAGUAGCACAUUACUAUGCACUGUUGUCUCGGUCACAUGGCGACAGCCUUGAGUGUGAAGACUCACUGUAGUGAAGGAAUGAUGUUGAAAUGGAAGUCAGUGAGCACUUAGUGGGAAUGGAAAAUCAUCGGGGCCAUGAAGGAAAAAGGCUUUUCCUGACGCCGUCAGUGCACUCGGAACAUGUCAGGACCUUGUGAUGAUCGGGCUGUCCUGUUGUGAACUUCGUGUGAUAACAUAUCCACGUCAUGUACUUUUACUCUCACUUUAGUACCUGCUGAAUGAUUUGUAUGUUCUCCUCACAAGCAUCAUGAUUCAGAGCGUUUGCCUUUUUGAACAAUACUCUAUACAGAAACCUGUUAUGUGAAUCUAUGAACUCUAUAUCUUUGAACACGUAUGUUAUCUGCAGUAAAUAGAGUUUAUCUGGCUUAUUGGCUGGUUGUUAUCUAAGAUAAAAAAAAAGAAAAUCCACUUGUGUCUGUUGGAAAACUUUGUCUUGGUUUUAAUGUUUUGCAUAUCAGCAUUUUUGCAUUCCUGUUGCUCUGACGGUGUGUCCACGUUCAAACUAUGCACAAAUGGUUAAUAGUUUUGUUACCCAAGAAUGUUACUGUACCAAAAUGACGGCUCAGUGUAUACGUUUUCUUCAUUUCUUUAUCUCUAUUCUGUGAAUUAUUGUGUUUUUAUUACAAACCGGUGCAUUCAGAUGGAAACAUGCAGUGCUCACUACACUCCUGCAGUAUUAGCUGCAUAAUGAAGCAGUGUUAAUGUUUAUUUUUGUUUGUCGGUAAAUGAGUUGAUAGAAUAUUUUUGCCAAAUGUAUUGUGCUUGUUUUUCUCCAAGGAUUGGAGGCCAAAGAUUUGCAGGUCUUGUUGCAUGAUUCAUGAUUGUGAUGUUACUAUAGCCAUAUGAGGAUGUGCAGAGCACACGUAUUACACAUUACAGUAUAUAAAGUGAGUGAAAUCCAGCAAUGGUGGCAUGUAGUAGCACAGUGGAAUAGCUACAGUCUCAGUGUGUCCAUGAAUAGGAGUCUGUGAUCAAAUAGGUGUGUCUGUGCAGUCAGAAUAGCCAAGAUUAGAAGCCCAUCUUAGGUCGUAGUUCAGCUACUAAUCACAUCAAAGUGCCUUAUACGUGAAUACAAUUAGCUAAAGAGUAGUUAUACGGCGGGUCACGGCGUGGAAGCUAUUGAAAGAAAUAAUUAUUUUUUAACAUUGAUGUUCAUAUAAAAUAUAAAAAGAACCUGUCAAAUGUUUGUAUAAACAUAACGCGCAUUGAAACCCACGGAGAGUUUUUUAGCCCAAAGUGCCAUGUUCACAUCACACACACACACACACACACACACGCCGUUUUUGUUUUUUUAUGUACUUUUGUUGUGAAUGUAAUACUUGACUGUAUCGUUUGUUUUGUAUCAGCAGUUUGAAAAAGGCUAUAAUGGACCGCAGUGAAGGAGCAGAGUGGUCGAGACAGUAACGUUAUACGAUAUACUCUUUAUUAACCAGUAAUAUUUCCUGCACAGAUAAACGCUAACUGAAAAAGAAUGUGAAAAGCAUUGUCUUGGUGUCCACUACGAACUGUGACGCUGUUUGUGAUGUUUAUAAGAAUCAAUGUUGCUGCAUAAUAUCUGUGUGUGAAUACCUAGAAAAGAUUUAAUGAUUUGAAUGGUAUGUUAACGUUUUGUAGGAAUAAAAUUUAAAAGUUAUGUUAACAAUAGACACAACAGACUUCACGACACUUGUUAUUGUACAAUACAUGAGCAAACUAAGACCAAUAAAUAAAGCUAAGUGCGAGGCCAAUAGGCUGAAAUGAGUAA